UUGUCACGUGUUGUUAAAAUGGCAGCUGUGUGCAGCCUUUCCUCACUGCUGUCACUUCAAACUUCACUGGAAUACGGGCUCGAGGAUGCCGAUUCUGUUCAGGAAAAGGAAACGCUGAUAUAUCAGUAUUUAAAAAAGGUGGACGAAAGAGAAACAGAUCUGAAAGUUCCUGAAUUUCAAGAAGGGUCAACAAAAGGCUGCAUAACAAUCUCUUUUUCAUCUGAUAAAUAUAAUACAAUUGAAGGGCUGGAAUGGUUAAACACCAAGGAACCUCUAUUUCUAUCAAAACAGCUUUCUGGCAAAGUGGUUGUGCUGGACUUUUUCACAUACUGUUGCAUUAACUGUAUGCAUAUUCUCCCAGACCUUCAUGCACUGGAGCAAAAACAUUCAGAUAAAGAUGGAGUUGUUGUUAUUGGUGUCCAUUCAGCAAAAUUUCCAAAUGAGAAGAUCCUGGAUAACAUUAAAAGUGCCAUCAUUCGUUACAAUAUAACUCAUCCAGUUGUGAAUGAUCCAGACGCCAUUCUUUGGCAAGAUCUUGAAGUAUCCUGUUGGCCAACCUUAGUCAUACUUGGCCCUCAUGGGAAUAUGCUCUAUUCUCUGGUUGGAGAAGGUCACAAAGAUCAAUUGUUACUGUAUUGUUCAACUGCUUUACAUUUUUACAAAGAAAAAGGUGAAAUCAAAGAUCACAGAAUAGGAAUUGAUCUAUAUGGGAAUUCUGCUCCUUCAUCCCUGUUAGCAUUUCCCAGUAAAGUGAUUUUGGAUUCUACUGGUGAAAAGCUUGUUAUAUCAGACACUGGGCAUCACAGAAUUUUAAUUGCCAAGAGAAAUGGACAACUGCUUUAUACAAUAGGAGGUCCAACAAGUGGAUGGAAAGAUGGAAGUUUUGCUGUGGCAAAGUUCAAUUCACCUCAAGGCAUUGCAGUCAUAAAAAACACAAUCUAUGUAGCUGAUACAGAGAAUCAUUUGAUAAGAAUGGUUGACCUAUUAGAAGAAAAAGUAAGCACUAUAGCUGGAGUGGGAAUGCAAGGAACAGACAAAGAAGGAGGAGCUUUUGGGAAGCAGCAGCCCAUCAGCUCUCCGUGGGACUUGGCAUUAGGCACUGCAGGUAGCAAUGAGUAUAAUGUUUUAUGGAUUGCAAUGGCUGGGACUCAUCAGAUCUGGGCUUUGUUUCUUGAUGAUGGAAAACUUCCAAAAGGAAGUGAAAUAAAAAAGGGAACAUGUGUUCGAUUUGCUGGCAGUGGGAAUGAGGAAAACCGGAAUAAUGCCUAUCCUCAUAAAGCUGGGUUUGCUCAGCCAUCAGGUUUAUCUCUUGCUUUGGAAGAGCCUUGGAAUUGUAUCUUUAUUGCAGACAGUGAAAGCAGCACCAUCCGCAUGGUGUCCCUAAAGGAUGGUGCAGUGAAACAUCUUGUAGGAGGAGAAAGAGAUCCAGUGAAUUUAUUUGCCUUUGGAGACAUUGAUGGAGUAGGAUUUAAUGCAAAGCUUCAGCAUCCGCUUGGAGUUGCAUGGAAUAAACAGAAAGGUUUGCUUUAUGUUGCUGACUCAUAUAACCACAAGAUUAAAGUUGUUGACCCCAAAACAAAGGAGUGCACUACAUUGGCAGGUACGGGUGAAGCUGGCAGCUCCUUUGCCCAAAACCUUACUGAUUGUGCUUUUAAUGAGCCCGGUGGACUGGCUGUCAAUGAAAAUGGAACAUUAUUAUAUAUAACAGAUACAAAUAAUCACCAGAUUAAAGUACUGGAUUUGGAAGCACAACAUGUGUCACUGUUACCUGUCACUCUGCGGCCAGCUGAUACAGUCGAUAGUUUACGUAGUCCAAUAAGACCGCCCAAGCAGUCCAGAUCCUCCCCAAGGAUUGAAAUGUCAUCUGUAAUUGUGUCUGUGGGGCAGAGUCUUCAGUGUGAGCUUGCACUAUCACUCCCAGCAGACACAAAACUGACAGAGGAAGCUCCAAGUCUUUGGGCCCUAUCUUCUGAAGGCAAUGAUUGGCUUCAAGGGCAGAAUACGAUGGGCCAAAUACAGGACCUAUCAAUACCACAGCUGAUCCCUGUAACCAUACCUUUAGGUCAGCCUGUCACUGGCCUUGUGCUUGUUGUGGACGUCUUCCUGUACUUUUGCAGUAAAAAGGAUGGGGCCUGCAUGAUGAAGGGGGUGACAUUCAGGCAGCCUCUUCAAAUAAGUAGCUCAAACCAAACAAGCACAUCAAAAGUCAUGUUACAAUAUAGCUUCUAGUAAACAGAUACCAAAUAAUUCUGGUUAUGAAAACACUGUGUGGAUGAGAAUAUUUUUGGUUUUGUACUCCUGCUCUUAUACUUUUAAUAAUUAAAACUAUUUAUUUUAUUUCUGUAUGGUAUUACAUUUUCCUCUCUCUUCAAAAUGUGUAAUUUAACACAAAGAAGAACGAAGUGUGUACAGUUUGCUGAUAAUUACUAAAAAUAUUCCGUUAGCCUUGAACUUUUUCAAGCUAAGUACUUGUGGAUUUUAUUUAACAAAACUGCCUUAAAGCAACAUAGUUUUUUAAAAUAUUAUUUUCUAAAAUAUUUACAACUAAGAAAAUAAUAAAGAUUUUAUUUCUCUGACCCACUUGUUUUUGUGAACGACUUCCUUUUUAAAAAUGGCAAUAUAAUUAAAUGCUGUCAUCCCAGCAGUGGCUCUUUUUUUUAAAGGUAAAAAUGGGUUUGGAAUAUCUUCAUGACAAUCACGUUUUUCAAGUAAGUUCAGUAUAUUAUUUAUGACAUUACCCAUUGGAUGUUUCAAGGCAAAGAUAUAUAAUACAAGUAGGUAAAACUUAAAAUACUAUGUAAUAUAGGUACAUAAAUUGUGUGUCUGCAUCACAUUCAGCAUACACCAGCUUGUGUUAAAAUAAAUGUGAAAAAAUCUCCCUUAUAUCGAUAAGUUAACCCUUAACUUCUGUCUUUUCUUAGUGUUACUUUUCUAUUUAUAUAUUUUAUCUUAGUCAUUUUCUAGAUCAUUAAUCAUUGUACAUUAUUUUGCUGUACGAGCAACUGGGAGUCGCAUUAUUAUUUUAACCAGAUGCCCGUUUCUGUAUUAUUUGACUUUAUAUACAUGAUAUAUAUGGAUUUUAAAGAUGCAUCUGUAUAAUUAAAAAAAAAAAAAAAAAAAAGUUUCCUUUUGUGUAUAUAAGGUUUGGCAGCAUCCAUGGUGCUUGUUUUUUGACAGACAUAUUAAUAAUAUUUACAUAAUUAUCCGAUGACUUUUUCCUUGUAGGACAGUGAUUGGUCCAAAAAUUAAUUUGACAAUCUUACAUUCAUCAUGGCUGUCCGUUGAUCAGACAAUGACGCUGUCCAUCCAUUUGUCCAUCUCCAUCACUCCCCCUCCUAUGUGUACACUGGUGGGAGAGCAAGCCAGUCUGGGAAAGGCAGACCCAAGUUACAUGGAAUCCUGUCCUCCUAAGUGAUGCCCAGGAUCCUCUGGAGGCAGCGGAUAUGGAAGCUAUUAGUGUGGAUUUGCUUCCGGUAGGCACAGACUCAGUGAAGGGAAUCUUACAUUAACAUGAAGAACACAA